AUGCCCAUGGAAUCGUCCAAUCCUCGGUCCGAUGCUGCGCAAGACAGUAAGCCCUACGGUCCCAUAUCAACCACCAACAAUAGCACCUCGGCAUCUCUAUCUUCCAGAAUGGCGGAUAACGAUCCAGAUGAGGAAGAUGAUGAGGAUCGCUACUGGAGUGAAUUUCACAAGUCGGACCGAAAAAAGAAACGAUUCCUGAACCAGCAUCGGAAACACGAACGUCCAUCUCAAGAUCAUCCCGACAGUAGCGGUAAAGAAUCCAGUGAUGACGACGGCGAGGAUACGUCCAAAGAUAUACCUGAAAAGAGUCAACGGCUUCAGCGGCAAAUGGCCAUGAAAGCCCUCCGCUUGCGACAGACGACGGCACUUGAAGACGUCCCUGGCAACCUCCAUGAGAAGCGAAAACGGGGUCGGCCUAGAAAAGACAGCGUGUCCGAUAAAGCGAUGGCCAAACGACCUCGUUUGCCCGAUACAGACUCGUUGACCUCGAGCGCUGCGCCUUCCGAACAUACCUCGGAAAAGGAAUCCACCCCCGAACCUCGAAAACAAAAAGGCCGAACCGCAUGCCAAGAUCCGAACAAGACAGAUAAAGCCGGUCGAACCAAGCUGUUUACGUGCACCAGUUCAGGCAAUCUAGAAAAGAUCGAAGAACUCGUGGCCCGAGGCGCGGAUGUUAAUUUCAAAGAUCAUGCAGGCUGGGUCCCACUUCACGAAGCAGCUCUCAAAGGUCAAUAUGCCAUUGCCAAGUUCUUGAUCAAGUGCGGCGCCGACGUCAAUGUGCGCGGAUUCGAAGACGAUACCCCUUUACACGAUGCAUGUUCCAAUGGAUACGCGGAUUGUGUUCAACUCCUGGUGGAUGCCGGCGCCGACGUGUUUGCCUUGAAUACUGACAAGGAAACCCCCUUGGAUGUGUGCCAAGACGACGAGUGCAAAACGAUUCUUCAAAAUCGCAUCAAAGAACUCGAACGUCUUGUUGGUCGCGAUCAGUCUGGUCGAACGUCGCUGCAUCACGCAUGCGCCGAAGGUCAAUACGAUCGCGUCGCCUCGUUGAUGAAACAAGGUGCCAAUACCAAUGAAAAAGAUAAUUACUCAUGGACCCCACUGCACGAAGCCGCCAAGCAUGGACACACAAAGAUUGUCAAGUUGUUGAUUCAACACGGCGCCGAUUUGAAUGAUCACGGACACCUCGGCAAUACGCCUUUGCAUACGGCUUGUGAACAUAAUCAGGAAACCGUCGUUGAAUAUCUUGUUCAAGCGGGCGCGGAUGUCCAUCAAUGCAACCAAGACGGCAAAACGCCAUACCAGUUGACCACUUCAGUUACCAUUCGUCGUGUGAUUACUGAAAAAAUCGACGAAGAGCGGAAACAACGUGCUGUCAGUGAUGCCAUCGAUGAAGUCACGUUCCUUUCGGCGGCAAAACAAAAAAAAUUCAAAUCCAAAGAUUUGACCGCCCUCUCCCGAGAAGAACGCAAGAUUCAGUCGUAUAUGCGCGCGUUUCAGGUGAUGGAGCAGAAACGAACCAAGCGGACAAGACGGUCUCGAACUCGGAACAAAAUGGAUGAAGAAGAGGAGGAAGAAGAGGAGGAAGAGGAAGAAGAAGAAGAUUCCGUACCCUUGGAAGGCGAGACUUGCGCACGACGAAAAAAACGAACGACCGCCAGUCAUCGACGACAAAAGUCGUGUUCAACCGAAGCCGAAUCCAGAGAAUGUUCCGCUGAAGUGGAAGCUCGUCCUGUCGCGACGAAAAAGAUGGAUGCCACCAAACUGGAUCCUCGCAAAAAAGAUACCAGUGGACGUACGCAUCUUCACAAAUGGGCGGUGCGAGGCGAUAUCGAGGUCGUAACGACAUUACUCAACGCUGGUGCCAAUCCCAACGAAACCGAUAACGCCGGAUGGACCCCGCUGCACGAAGCCGCGCUGAGAGGCCGGGAUGCGGUCGUGCGCCUUUUACUCGAGCACGGUGCCAAUGCUAAUUCCAAAGGCGCCGAUCUGGAUACACCUUUGCAUGAUGCCACUGAAAAUAGUCACUUGGCCGUCGUCAAACUGUUACUCGAACACGGGGCUGAUCCGCACGCGUGCAAUGCCAAGGGAACACGACCGUUGGAAAUCGCAAUGGAAAACGAGGAUCAAGGCAUCAUUGAAGCGCUCCGACAGGCCAUUGAUGCAUUACAACGAAAACAAACCGAAACCAACAAAUCAACCAAUACAAAGUCCAGGAAAAAGUCAUCUGCUCCCGUGACCGAGUCGAUGCCGAAUGUGAAGAAACGACGUUUGGUGCUUGCCGCGGAUUUGGAACCCAAAGACGAUGCACCGACGCGUUCACGAUCCGUGUCUGAAGAUCAUCCCACCACCCCAUCCCUGUCAACACCUGCUGUGCGGAUUAAGACAGAACCUUCACUUGAAGCCACUAAACCGUCGGAUCCCGUCGUCACUUUACAUGAAAAAGCUCAUGCACGCAAAAUCUCGGGCCGUCAUUUACCAAAGAAGAACUUGUACAAUCUACAUUGCACGGAUUUACCCCCGGAUGGACCUCACACUCCGAUUCCUACCCCGCCACCGGAACGAUGGCAUCAUGCGAAUAAGAUCAAAGAAGAACGGGAUGAAAGUACGGUGGGACUUGGUUUAUCACAGGAUGACGAUGCAGAGCAGAAAAACCAAGUACUACCACCACCGUUGCCAUCACUCACGGAAGCGAUGCGAUAUUUGCCAUUGUAUACCGUGCAGUUACACGAUGAGAAGGCACCCAAAGACAGUACCUUGUUCGUGGUAGAUCUGCAAAUCGGGCUACUGCUAGGAAUGACGACCGAGGCUUUAAGGCGACAAUACCCGCAUCUGUUUCGAAGAUUGAUUAGCGACCGCGAAAAAAAUCGACUGUGGUCUCCUCUGUCCAACAUGAUCUGUGCUCAAACGUUGCAAUCAUCGCACAUCGCAUUCCACGACAAGAAGAAGGCGGCGACAUCCAUGGCGCGGAUCAAAGAAGCCGAGAAACAGCGAUUUGUUGCCAGCGAUCUGUACUUUAUGAGCUUGGAACAAGUGGCGUCGUUGAUCAAGUCUGAUUAUAGUUAUCUGAGUGAAAGUUUGAUCACUAUUACGUUGGAUAUUGGGUAUCAAAAUGAGACCUCGGUGUCCAGUCCUCCUGCUUCCCUCACCCCCUCCGCCGCCAGUCCACCUCCACCGUUACUCAAAAAACGACCGACGUUUGGCCUUCCGCCCAAGUUUGCAAUGAAGAUGAAAAAAUGUGGCAUGCUCGACUUUAAAAACCACCGAUCAUAA